AUGGCUGCUCCUCCGUCGUUCAAUGUGGAGGCAUUCGCGCUGGAAAACGGUGGCCAGCGGGCCAAACUUAUCGAAGUUGUAUUCCUCGUCCUCGGCAAUGGUGACCUCUGGCAACUGCAUCUUCACGGGCACACCAUAGGGUGUGGCACCGCAUUGCCCAUGAUCUCCUCCUGGACAUCGGAUUUUUCAAUCCCCGAAGGAUGGAGUUUCGAUGAUUCGGACCUGGUUCUGCCAUACGACAAAGGUGACCAGACCCAGGAUUUGGGACAGACGCUCCCUGAGGACCAGGUGGGACCAGGAGGAGCAAGUGGGAUUAAACAAACGGGAGCCAUGCCCAAGACUCAAUCCAAUCGCGCCUCCUUGGGAACUCCGUUGAGCCAGCUCCAAAGUAGCAUUAGCCAGCAGUCCAUGUCCAUGAAGGAGAUGCGCAAGAUAACGAGCGUGAAGCCAGCGAAACCGAUCGAGCCGGAGUUGUGUUUGGAGCACAUCUGGACGGAGAACAUCUACGGAGUACAACGUGAACUGUGCGAGAUGGCCACCCGAGCCUUCAUCCACACGGAUUUGGUGGGCCAGACAUUUCUGUGCUACCUGCUCGCCCGCUCCUGCCGCCUCCAGAUGGUCCGCCUCACUGGCUAUGGAAGCAGUGAAGUGCAGCUCUCCACACUGGCCACGACUCUGGCAGCCAAGGAUGCUGUGGGUCUGAGUAGAUUGCAAAUGGUCCUCGAUCCUAGCAGUCCUCGAUCCUAGCGGUAGCCUAAUCCUCUACGCCGGAACCGUGCUCAUCGUUUCAUUAGUUAUUUCAUUUUAUUAUUAUUUUACAUAUAAGCCCAGCAUUCCAGAAUUUAAUUAAUGUCAUAGGCAAAUUGCACAAAGUUUGGCCGCAAAAAGUUUUAAUCUGAAAACUAAUAACACUUACCAAAAA